AUUUUAUAAAAGUUUUUUAUCUAAAUAUUUUUUUAAUAAUUUUCAAAUUCCAAGAAAAUAAGAUUGAAAAACGUCAUAAUCUUCAUGAUUAGUUAAAUUUUUUUAUACGACUUUUUUAUACCAUUUAAAAUAAAAUCAUGUUUCGUGAUAAAAUUUGCUCUAUUAAACAAAAUGUUAAUGUCAGACAUCGUCGCACUAAUACACAAUUUCUGAAAAAUAUUAUGUACGAGGAACAACUGGAAAAGUCGGUACGAGCUCAUGAAAUUCAAAUGACUGCUGAAAAUCCCAUGAUAAAAGAACAAAAACUUAAAAGUCAAAUUUGCGGUGAAUUAAAACAGCUAAAGCAGGAGAAAUUUCUAGAGGAAAAACGUAAAGAUCGGCUGCAUCAAAAUGAGGAGGAAGUAAGACUCUUGGUUGUACAAAUUAAAAGAGCUCAUAUACAAAGAGAACUAGCCGAACAGAAAGCUUUAAAAGAGAAAAAACAAAAAGAGGAAUUGCAAGAACGUUUAGAGGAAAACAAACGUUUUGAAGAAGAAUGCCAGAGAAAUAAGGAGAUUUUCCUGGAGGAAGAAAGAGAAAAUAUCGAGAAAAAGGCCAAGUUUCGUAGAGAUCUUUUAAAGCAAAUGGAAGAAAAGCAAACAAAACGUAAAUUAGAAAGAGAAUUAAUACUUAAAGAACGUGAGAGUAUGCAAAGAUUUUUACAAAGUUUUGAGCAGGACAACGAAAGAGAAAGGCAGCAUAUGCUAGAGCUUAAAGAAUUAGCAAAACAAGAUCGUGAUGAGUAUCUCAAACAAGUUAAACUUUAUAAAACCCAACAAAAAGAAGAUGCCGAAGAAGAUCAUAGAAAAUAUAUGGAAAUGAUCAGACAAAGAGAUGAAACAGAAAGAAUGCGCUUACAGAAACGCAAAGAGAACACAAUGAAACGCGAAGCUCUCAGUGAGAGAAUAGGGCAACAAGUUUAUGCCCAACAAAUAAAACAACAAAAACAUAAUGAUUUUCUACUCGAGCUUUUAAUUGAGGAACGUUUAGCUAAAGAUGAUCAACGCUAUAAAUUAAAGAUGGAAAAACAAAUAGAAACAGCCAAAUCUUUGAAUGAGGAUUUCGAAAGAUCACGUUGGAUAAGACAACAAGAAACCCACUUUCGUCAGCAAGAAGAUAUGAAAGUGGUAAAGGAACAACUGAAAAUGUUUCAGGAGCAGGAAAGUAAAGAAUUGGAUAUGAAAAAUAUAAAUUUAUCAAAGACUAGACAAUAUUGUCAAGAUCUGUUGCAAACGAUUAAAAAUAAACAAUUAGAACUGGAAUUUGAGGUAACACAAAACAAAAGAGAAUAUCAGCAGCAAUUGGCAUUGCAGCAAAAACGUCUACACGAUAUAGAAACAGAAAAAUUACGUCUUUUAAAAGCAGAACCUUUGGAAAUAUGUAAAUUCUUACCCAUUAAGGCCAUAAGUGAUAAACAUCGUUUAGAAUUGGGACUCACCUGCAAAGAAAUAAAAGAAAAAGUUUAAAUUAGAAAAAAAUGCUAAAAAUAAAGUUCUAAAAUUUUAAAAAUUAACGUCCCGUUGUAAUAGUGUUUACACACUAAGCCAAUUAAGAUUUGGCAAAUUUUAGUUUAUUUUUUGUAUUGUCAUAAUAUCCAAAAAAAGAACAUCUUCCUAAAUAAGUUUUUUGUUCCAAAAAAUUUUUUUCACCCAAAAUAAGUAUUACAAUAGAAAUGUCUAUAUAGAAAUAUGUUCAUUAUCAUCAUCAUCUUCAAUGCUGUCAUCUUUAACGUCAUUCUCAACAGUUUUGCGUAGCAACCUCAUUAGUGCCUCAAACUCACAGUCAAAUAGAAAAUGUACAAAAAAUACUAAGUAAUUGUAAUUACCAAGGCAAUAACCUUCUUCUGUGUGCGUAAUCUUAAAAAUGUUUCAUUCGUCAUUUUUGGGAUUUCUUAAGCACAAUUUCUGUUAUUUUGAUUAUUAUGUUUGCCGUUAGUAUUUCUUUCGUAUUUCUGCCAAAUUCUUAAA